AAAAGUUAUGAACGUUGUUUUAAUAUUUUAUUAUUAGCAUGAUUUAGUUACACUAUUUACAUGUAAUCGCAAUUUUGGGGAUUUUUUUUGCACGGAAGCACGUGCCCAUUGUUAUCAUUUGAUUUGCAGACGACAUUCGCGACUGAAAAUGGCAUGGUCAGGAUCUCAGUACCAGCAGCUCUCAGCCUCGGCAGAUGUCAUGCAUCGGAAAAACAGAUCUAUAGCUCAGUGUCCGAGCAACAAUUUUGGAAUGUCAUACAAUUCAGGAAAGUCAAAUCAUGAUUAUUCCAGGACAAAUCAACAACAAAGAUCGAAUGGAGAUGCAAUCAAAAUUCAGGAUGUCAAUCAAGCCUCGUCAAAUGUUACCAUUGUUGGAAUUAUAAUUGCAAAAGAAUCUCCAAAAUCAAUCAUCUCCAAAAAGAAUCCAGGCACAGAGCGCCACCUGGUGAGCUUUGUUGUGAGGGAUUCUCCUGCAGGGUUUGUGGCAGUCACCUGUUGGGGAUCAGAGAGGUACAUAGCAGAAAUAUCCAACAUCUACCAUACAGGAGACAUAGUCCAGCUGUCCAACUUCCAGGUGUUGAUGAAAGCCACAGAUGGAAGUGAAGAAAAAUUUAGACCAUACACUCCUUUACCAUUUAGUUUUUCUCUGAGUGAAAACCAUUCCUCCAUCACUUCGUAUGAUGGAACUGAUGUGGAUAUUUACCAACCCUUGCUUCAUCUCCCAACAAAAGCCAGCAAUGACUACUACAGUCUGGAGGACAUUGUGGCUAAUGGACAGGGACUCAGUGGAGAACACAUCAAUAUACUGGCCAUCCUGAAAAAGGUUGGUGCAGUGAAGGAUAUAACCACAAAGACAGGCAGACAGACCCAAAGAUGUGAACUGACUCUGAUGGAUGAAGGAAUGGCCGCCUUCCCAUUUAUCAUAUGGGACAAAGAAGCUGCUUCCAUGGCUACCACUUGGACACCAUAUAGAACAGUGUUGUUUGUGGCAGAUGCUAGGAUGUCCUUUGACAACUACCGAUCUUGUAUGGUAGCUACUUCUGAUUCCAAAACAAUCUUCACAGUCAAUCCAGAUACACAAGAAGCACACAGUCUCUAUCAGUACGCCCAGCAGUGCGACUCCGCAGAGGAACCAGAGGAUGAUUCCAAGUCAGACCCACCCUUGGAAAAAAUAACGGACAAGUAUACAGUGUCGGAUGUGAAAAGUUUGAUGGACAACUACCAGGAACAUUGGAAGCCCACAGCUCAUGGUGUGAGUUGUCUCUACCUGUCUCAGUUCAACACGGACACAGAAGAUUCCAAUACAGUUAUCUCCUACAAAUGUGACAAGUGUAAACACCCUCUAACAGAGAAGAAUGGCUACCUGUGUUCUAAUGUGGACUGCUGUGAUGGGACUUUGUCCUUGUUUGAGACCUCUGACCCCCCAGAACUAGACAGAGCAGAGCUAGAGUACAGGAUACCUGUCUCCCUGACCGACCACACAGGCUCACUGGAGCACUGUUACCUGUACGGGAGUGUGGCAGAACACCUAAUGGGAAUCAAGGUUGAAAAUUUUCUGAAAAUGGAUUUAGAAAAUCGCACUCGAAUUAAAUGGAGGUUUCUAAUGGAAAGAUGCAAAGUUUACUUCAAGGUGUACAGAAGUAACAAGGACGGAGGGCGAGCAGUCAUUCAGAUUAUGUCAUGUUCACUGGCACAUCCUCAAGACAUCAUCAGUUUGUAAUAGAACCUCUUCUACAGAUUGUUAUGCAGAGCAUAUGGUAGGCUCUUCUACAGCAGACACUGUGAUAAAUCAUUAUACAGAGCCCAUAGUGGCCUCUUCUACAGCAGACACUGUGAUAAAUCAUUAUACAGAACCCAUAGUGGCCUUUUCUACAGCAGACACUGUGAUAAAUCAUUAUACAGAGCCCAUAGUGGCCUCUUCUACAGCAGACACUGUGAGACUUCAUUAUGCAGAACCCAUAGUGGCCUCCUCUACAGCACACACUGUGAGACUUCAUUAUGCAGAGCCCAUAGAGGCCUCCUCUACAGCACACACUGUGAGACUUUAUUAUACAGAACCCAUAGAGGCCUCCUCUACAGCAGACACUGUGAGACAUUGUUAUACAGAGCAUAUGGUAGACAGGAUCUACCACAUCAGGCUCAUUUGUUUCUUAAUUGAUACAUUACACGGAAACUACAGAAAACUUUCUGUAGGAGAUUUUCUUUUAUUUCAGAUGUACAUUUUUAUCUGUUCACAUACUAUCUUGUUAAAAAGGAGACUGGAUUCCCCCUCAGUCUAUAAGAAAAAUUUACAACCCCUGUUGUAAAUUCUUUUGAGUUAUUUUUGCACAAAUGUACAUGUUUAAACACUGUUUGAAAUAACAGAUGCGACAAAACUGUGCAAGAGCAUUAUAAGUUUUGUAAUAUCUUCAAAAUAAAUAAUUCAUAACAAGCA